AUGCCUCGCUCGACUCGUCGAUCCGACCCAGGAGGUCCUGUCAUUGUGUUGCAGGAUACUACGAGCCUAAGCCGGACGGCCUCCGUCUUGCCAGGAUCGGCCAAGGACAAGGAACGGUGGCGACAGGGCAAAAAGAGUGACUUGACCGAGUUGGUGGAAAGUGAGCUCCGGCAGCUAGUCGAAGAUUAUCCAUUAACCUUGGAGGAAGUCAAAACAGUUGGUUUUGCCAUUAAGAAUCAACAACAAAAGCAAUUGGAAAGGGGCGACGCCAAUGGCGUUUCCGCGAGCUAUUCCUCGCAAGAUUUGGAUUCUCCAAGGACCCAACUAGCCUUGCGAUUGAAUUCUGUCAGUAAGGAUUUGGCCAAGAUGCGUUUUUCACUGGUUCCCUCACGGUUAAAAGAGCCCAUCUUUUGGGAUGCCACCCUGUACCUAAUGAAGGAACGAUUGAACAAGUACAAUGCGGAACGAUGCCGCACAAAUGGAGGUAUUGCAUCCACGAAUGGUACGGUACCAGUCAUACCAAAUGCGGCACCGCCGAAUGGCAAUGGAAAUGGCCUAUCCACAUACAUACUGGAGGAACAACUGGCCAAGAAGGAUUCUGAAAUUGCGAACCUCAAGAAACAAUUGCAAGACGUCCAAGAAACCUUGUUGGAUGUUGCCAAAUUGCCGUCUAGUAAUACCAGUACUGGUACUAGUACUAGUCAUCCAACUACAAAUGGAACGUCGUCGUCGUCGUCGUCAUCGUCGUCACAGCAUAACAAGUCCAAUCACAAGGGCCAAUGGAAAAUGGACAAGGACAGCGAAGAAUUCUUGGGCUAUCCUGAGGAAGUCAAGGAAGCCAUGCGAGCGGAAAAGCAAAAACGACUGCGUCAAGUCCAAGACGAAUUGAAAUUCAUUUUGGAUUCCGAUUCUAUCGAAGAUUCGCGCGGGCAGUGGGACUGUUGUGGAGGAACCACGUACCAUGCCGAAUGCAGCAGCAGAGCAUCCUUUUAA